GCCACACGCGAGAAAAACAGUGGAACCAACUAGCCCUAGCAGAUAACAAAACGACAUCGUUUUAAUAGUCGGGAUUCCAACGGCGGCGCCGCCGGAGGUAGGUUUCGAURACUUGCGAUCGGGGUCCAAAAGGUUCCCUCUUGCUCCCUCCAAAGUGUACAGUUCACUUGUUCUUGAAAAUAUCGUCUACCAAACUCAACCACCAGAAAUCCUCCGACCGGCCAUAAACCCCUCUUUCUCUCGCUCUCUUCCUUCGUAGCCGCUCGCCGGAACCAUGAGCUCCACAUUCGCCGCCAUGUCUUCACCCUCUUCCUCCUCACUUUCAUCCAUCUUCCAUUUCAAUGCGUCUAAACCUAAACCGGUCUCACCCCCAAAUCUUCGUUUUGCUGCUCCCCUUUCUCGUAAUUCUGUAUAUGUGCAACGUUUUAGGGUUAGGGCUUCCUCUGCUCCCCUUCCGGACGCUUCCCGGAACCACCCUGUUGUUCAAUGCCUCCGGAACUAUGCCAGAGCUGCGAUUCUCAUUGGUGCUGCGGCCACCAUGGUGGGGAAGUUCUCGCAUUUGCCUGCAAGAGCCGAGUCUCCGGCGGCGGUGGCGGAGGAAGCUUCCAGAAUGGAGGAAGAUCGGCAGGUGGUUGAGGACUCGGACCGGGACAGGCAGCAAUCCUCGCCGUUGAACGAUUUUCUCGAAUCGAAUUCUGAAGCUGUCGAGGCACUCAAGUCUCUCCUGCAGCAAAAGCUCGAAAAUGGUGAGGAUGAGGAGGCUCUGAAAAUCUUGAAGCAGUUGGUAUCUGCUCAGCCGUCGGUGACCGAGUGGAAAUUUCUGAUGGCCAGAUUACUCGGCGAGAUGGGCAAAACGGAAAAUGCACGAGAUGUGUUUGAAGAAAUUUUGGCUGUGAAUCCAUUGUCUUUCGAAGCAUUGUUUGAAAACGCAUUGUUAAUGGACCGUUGUGGGGAAGGAGAGGCAGUGCUUCGGCGGUUAGAAGAGGCUCUGAGAAUUGCUGAGGAUGAAAACAAAGCGAAGGAAGCUAGGGAUGUGAAGUUGAUAAUGGCUCAAAUACAGUUCUUGCAGAAGAAUGUAGAGGAGGCCUUGAAGAGUUAUAAAGAAUUGGUGAAGGAGGAUCCUAACGACUUUAGGCCUUACUUUUGUCAGGGAAUGAUCUAUAGCUUGCUUGAUAAGAAUGUGGAGGCCAGAGAGCAAUUCUCCAAGUACAGGGAGCUCUCUCCAAAGAAAUUUGAGGUUGAUGGCUACCUACGGACUCCAUUGUCAAGGAUGAAAAUUUUUGGAUCUGAUGAGAAGUAAAGUCAUUCCACGAUGAUCAGAUAAGUGGGCUCUUUGGAAAAUAGAAGAUGAGUAAACGAAUUUAAGGUGAUACUUUUUUUUUUCCUUUUUUUUCUUUUGCUGAUUAUUGUCAUUUAGCACUUCUUACUCUUAGUCUGAUCUGCCGUAAGCAUAUGUAGUUCAUUUGCGGGAUUAAAUAGGAGUAAAUUGAAUYUUAUGAGGACAGGUGUUUUCCCUUUCAUGAAGCAUAAAUUUUGCUAAUUUAUGCAGUUGUUUUGAUGAUACUGUAUUAGACUACUCACAUUAGUUGGAAUAAAUGCAGAAAGGUGCUCCGUURGUAGUUUA